AUGGCGGUAAGACAAUCUAGUGACUUGACAAAGUUUAAAGAGACUUUGAAAACUGCUAAAAACGUUGUAAUCUUAUCUGGCGCCGGGAUAAGCGCAGAAUCUGGUAUUCCUACUUUUAGAGGUGCCGGCGGAUUCUGGAGGAAGUACCAGGCUUCAUCUUUGGCCACACCAGAGGCCUUUAAAACUAGUCCAAGUUUGGUCUGGGAGUUUUACCACUAUAGACGAGAGGUUGCAGCCAAAGCUCAACCAAAUGCAGGUCAUAUAGCUAUUGCUAAUUUUGAAGCAAAACAUGCAGAUAAAAAGAUAACAGUAAUAACUCAAAAUGUGGAUGGAUUACAUGCAAGAGCUGGCACAAAGAACCUUAUUGAACUUCAUGGGAAUUUGUAUAAAACUCGCUGCACUAAAUGUAAAGAAGUUCUUGUGAAUUUUGAUAGUCCAAUUUGUGAGGCUCUAACCAGCCGUGGUGCACCAGAUGAAAAGGUUGUCGGAUCUGAUAUACCAGUUAAAUCUCUGCCACAUUGCAAAAAGCCUGGCUGUGAAGGUUUAUUGCGACCCCACAUUGUCUGGUUUGGUGAAAGUCUAGAAUCAGCUGUGUUGGAGAGAGCUGGUGAAGCAAUGGAAAGCUGUGAUAUAUGCUUAGUCGUGGGUACAUCAUCUGUCGUUUACCCAGCGGCGAUGUUCGCUCCACAGGCUGCCGCUAGGGGCGCUGUUGUCGCAGAGUUUAACAUAGAAACUACCCCCGCUACUCCCGACUUUCAAUACUACUUUGAAGGGCCUUGCGGUACAACUUUACCCAGAGCUUUGACAGAAUAA